GUUCACGAUGCGUAUCGUCGUCUGACGCACGAGCAACUCUACCUCUUCUGUGCCGUUCGCUUGUUGUCUACUGCUGGCACUGAUGCUGAGCUAUCCUCGAGACUAGCGCAUCACGACAUCCAUCUAUACGCCUUUCCUUCUUCGCCUUCCUCGGCGAAUGAACCUACAAAACCAGGCGAUGGAUCAACUACAACCGCGGACACAGGGCUCCCGCCGACGAUUCAUUUGGCUCGCAAUCGCAAUCCUCGACUGCCACCCCUUCCCGUAGAGUUGAUGGCAGAAAUCAUGGACCAUAUCGGAGAUUGGGAGCUCACCAAAGCUGUCGGACUGCCCACGUCGCUUCCCCAGCCUCUAUCAUGGACGCGUGCGUCUCCCACGGACCAUGCGCUGCUCACAGGUUACCUUCCCCUCAUCGUCUCGUGUGAACCGUCUGUGCACCCUCCGACAACAGUCGGCGCCAGCCUGUCUGUCCGAUUUGCAUACACUCACAUUCUCUCACACCUCUUCACGCACCACCGUCCGCUCUUCCGCAAACUCUAUAAACACCACCUCAUUCUCAUCACCGCCGCGCACUACGGCCGCGUUUCCGUCCUUGACUGGUGGUCCUCGAUGCACAAAGAGCACCCAUCCGAAUUCCCCACGCCCCCAACAAGAGCGAUCGCAGAGGCGAUCGACGGUGCGUCGCGAAGCGGACAGGUCGCAAGUUUGAACUGGUGGCUCGCAUCGGACGACUUGCCCUUCGAAUAUACAGAGGUCGCACUCGAGCAUGCGUCCGCAAAAAACCAGGUCGCUGUGCUUGAGUGGUGGCGCAUGCAGCGCGCGCGGCUACCACUCAAGGUCGGGCGGGUCAUGGACACUGCGAGCGCAGCGGGGCACGUCGGCGCGUUGACAUGGUGGGCAGGGUCAGGACUAGACUACACGUACGACAAGCAGGCACUGUACCACGCAAGCUGCCACGGGCGCGUCGAGGUACUGCAGUGGUGGCUGACAAGCGGGCUGCAGCUCUUCUUCGAUCAGGACACGUUGGUGGGCGCGACGCGGCACAACCGCCCAGAGGUGCUGGAGUGGUGGGACCAGAGCGGGCUGCCGAUCCAGUACCGGAUGUGCGACAUCGAGGAGGCGUUGGAGGAUGCGAUCGGAGGGGGUGAGCGGGCAAGGGAGUGGUGGAAGAGGAAGGGUGUCGAUUUUAACGCGAAUGAUAAGGAGUGGAUGAAAUUGCAGAAUCUGAACUAA